GACUACGUUCUCGAGGGUAAAGGCGACGACGGGCAGGUCGGCGCCAAAGGGGUCCUGGACGACUGCAGCAGAAGUCCGCCGGACUCCAGGAGCUCUCCUGGCGACGAUACCGACCGUAGCUCGGCUGGCACUCCUGAGCUGGGCGCCAGCGUCGAAGGGCACCUGGACGACUGCAGCAGCAGUCCGCCGGACUCCCAGAUCUCUUCGGGCGACGACACUGGCCGUAGCUCGGCUGGCACCCCUGAGACGAGCGCCCGCGUCGGCAGCGACGACAGAUUCACUCGACACGCUAUCAACAUCAAAGAGAUAACGGUUCACGGGACCGUCAUCCACAACCUGAUUGUCUGCCAUACAAACAACCACACGGCCUAG